AGGACUGGUCUCAUCACAAUCAAGAUCACGUCAACAGCUUCCAUUGAAGACACUGCAAAAAUGGUGUUCCCCAUCUCCAAUCGGCAGCUCUUCAUCGGCGGCGAGUGGAGGGAGCCUGUACUCAACAAACGCAUCCCUAUCAUUAACCCGGCCACCGAACAGAUCAUUGGUGAUAUUCCGGCAGCUACUGCUGAAGAUGUGGAACUCGCAGUGGAAGCUGCUCGGAAAGCAUUUUCUAGUAACAAAGGGAAAGACUGGCCAUCCGCACCCGGCGCAGUCCGUGCCAAGUAUCUUCGUGCCAUCGCUGCUAAGAUAACAGAAAGAAAAACUGAGCUUGCAAGACUUGAAGCGACUGAUUGUGGUAAACCGCUUGAAGAAGCAGCAUGGGACAUGGAUGAUGUCGCUGGAUGUUUUGAGUACUUUGCUGACCUUGCUGAAGGUUUAGAUGCAAAGAAAAAGGCUCCUGUCUCGCUUCCUAUGGAAACAUUCAAGUGUUAUGUAAUGAAGGAGCCAAUUGGGGUUGUCGCGUUAAUUACUCCAUGGAAUUACCCACUAUUGAUGGCUGCAUGGAAAGUAGCUCCUGCUUUGGCUGCAGGUUGUACGGCAAUAUUGAAGCCUUCUGAAUUGGCAUCUGUGACCUGCUUGGAGUUGGCUGAAGUGUGUAGAGAGGUUGGUCUUCCUCCUGGUGUUCUCAAUAUUUUAACUGGACUGGGCCCUGAAGCAGGUGCUCCUUUGGCAUCUCAUCCUCAUGUUGACAAGAUUGCAUUUACUGGAAGCACAGUAACAGGUAGCAAGAUAAUGACUGCAGCAGCCCAGAUGGUCAAGCCUGUCUCUCUAGAGCUUGGUGGAAAAAGUCCGAUAGUUGUGUUUGAGGAUGUUGACCUAGACAAGGCUGCUGAAUGGACUGCAUUUGGUUGCUUCUGGACAAAUGGUCAGAUCUGCAGUGCAACAUCCCGUCUUAUUGUACAUGAAAGCAUUGCAGCAGAGUUUCUGGACAGGCUUGUGAAAUGGACUAAAAACUUUAAAAUUUCUGAUCCCUUGGAAGAAGGCUGCCGGCUAGGCCCUAUUGUCAGUGGAGGGCAGUAUGGGAAAGUACUGAAGUUCAUCUCAACAGCUAAGAGUGAGGGUGCAACCAUUUUGUGUGGUGGGGUUCGUCCUCAGCAUUUAAACAAGGGAUUCUUCAUUGAACCAGCUAUUAUCACUGAUGUAACAAACUCCAUGGAAAUCUGGAGGGAAGAAGUUUUUGGGCCUGUUAUUUGUGUCAAAACAUUUAGCACUGAAGAUGAAGCCAUUGAAUUGGCAAAUGACACUCACUAUGGUUUGGGUGCUGCUGUGAUAUCAAAUGAUCUAGAGAGAUGUGACCGUGUAAGCAAGGCAUUCCAGUCAGGUAUUGUGUGGAUCAAUUGUUCACAGCCUUGCUUCUGUCAAGCUCCUUGGGGAGGCAACAAGCGCAGUGGCUUUGGGCGUGAAUUAGGAGAAUGGGGACUUGACAAUUACUUGAGCGUGAAGCAGGUCACCCAGUAUAUCUCUAAUGAACCAUGGGGGUGGUACAAGUGCCCAUGAAAUAAGGUGUUGUGGGCUGCUUUACAGUGAACUCAACAUCAUUCAUCCAAGAGGUGGAGCGAUUAUUGGUCAUGUACCAAUUGAUCCAACCAUCGUUGUAGUCAUUAUGAGGCAUUGUAGAAGCCUUGGAAGCUGAAUAAUGGAACUCUGUAUCUGUAACUCUUCUUGUAGAACUGGUUGUGGUGUAUUUUUAAUUCCAAUCUCUCCUUGCAUAAUCACUUUGUAUAUUAAUAAUUCAUAUAUUGAUCAACAAGCAGAAUGCACAUUUCAGUUGUGAUUUCAUCGAAA